ACGUCUCAGCGAGUUGGGGCUGCGAAUGGUGCGAUGGUGGCUGGGCAUCCUGCAGUUGAUCCUUUGCGGCGGCGACAACACGCAUGCCGAGGACUUCGAAGCCUUGGGCACCAACUGGUCAGACUCCGCGCCCAACCUCACCGGCCGAGUCAAGGCCCGGCGCGCCGUGGCGUCCACGCUGGAUGCCAUCACUGGCACAGUGGAUGAGACCGCGGUGAUUGUCCGCGGGGUGGGGGACACCACGGCGGCCACCCUGGGCGCCACCCUGCGCCUCACCGGGGGCCUCACACGGGGCCUGGGGCUGGCGGUGCAGUCGUUUGGGGAAGCGCAAGUGGUCAAGAACGGGCCGCUGGCGGCCCCCUCGCGUGUCUUUGCCGGGGUGUAUCGCAUCGCUGGGGCGGUGCUCACUGGCGCGGGCAACGCCACCAUCGGCCUCGGCGGCACCGUGGAGGGCAUCACCUCCGAGGCUGCCAAGGUGGCUGAGGACAGCGUGAAGGUGCUCAGCGCGCCGACGCGGUCCUUGGGCCUAGCGCUGCGGGGCCAAAGUCGCCGGGCCGCGGUGUCCGAGGACAAGGUGACGGAGCCCGACGAGCUGCCAAGCGCCGGAAGCUAUUUGGUGACCCGGCCCCGUCGGCGCCGGAUCUUCGAGCAGGUGGCCCGGCGCUUAUUGCGGGACGCCUUCGGCAGCCCUUCGGAGCGCACGGUGGCCUUGGCGCCGCCCCUCACCUUGGCGCUGCUGGUGGCCUGGUUCCUGGGCCGCGCCUCGCGGCCCGCGAUCCGCGCCAACGGAUCCGCCGCGUCAGCGGCGACGGCGGCGACGGAGGCGACGCAGACCACGCCGUCCUAUGCCAACCACUUCCACCUGGAGAGCUUGAUGCCGGAGGGCGACCCCAGCCACCCCAGCCGCCAGGUGUCUGGGGAGCCCCAGCUGCGCACCAAGUUCUGGCGCCAGGCGCGCAGGCUGCGCCGCUGCUUCUGGGGCGGCAGGUGCCGUCCGGGCGUAUGGCUCCAUGGGGCGGGCCUGGCCAUCAUCAUCACGGUGGUGCUCAGCGGAGACCAGGAGCAGCAGCGCCGGGCGCGCUUGAUGGAGCAGGGCUUGGGAGUGUCCAACGGCGGAGGGGAGGAGAGCGUGCGGUGGCUGAACUUGCUCUUCGGGGCGGUGUGGACCCCUUUGCAGAAGACGGUGAGCGGUUUGGGCGAGGAGCUCGCGACCCUGGCCACCUUCACCUUGACCGCUACGGAGCAGGACGCCCUGAGCAUCGCCUUCGAGAACGUCACUUUCGGGCUGAAUCCGCCCGUUCUGGACGCCGUGCGUACUCCUCGGGAGUCUGCGGCGCAAGCGCUCUCCAAAGCCAUGCAGGAUGCGCGAGACCUGCGGCCGCCGGGAAGUUGCCGGCCGCAAGUGGUGAUGCUAGAGGCUGACCUCCUGUGGGUGGCCGACCGGAUCUUCGAGGUGGUGGUCAAGGCGAGCGCGCGCUCUUCCAAGACUUCCAUCUUCCCAAAGCUCCGAGUGCGCCUGCGGGAGCUGGUCUUUGGCCCAGUGCCUAUCGCCGUUGCCCUGGAAGCUGCGCCGCAGGGAUAUCCCUACGUGGGCCUGGUGGCGCUGACGUUUCUCUCGGAGCCGGCGGUCGACUUCUCCAUCACCCCGGACGGCCUUCUGGGGGGCGCAGUCACGGCUUUACCCCUCUUGCGGGAAGCCCUUUCUGCUGGCUUGGUCUCAUCUCUGCCUCUACUGGGCGACGACAACUACCAGGUCCUAGUUUACGAUCUCGGGGAGUACCUGGCGCCGGGGCUCUUCCCUGCGCCUCCAUCUCCCGAGGAUACAGCCGCAGCUGACCAAAAGGCGAGUCAGCCAAAGUUUUCAUUGCCCUGGCCAUUCUGGCGCAGAAGGAAGGGCACAGACGUCCAGAAGUGAGCUGUGAACCAGUCAGUUCCUUGCCUAGCGAGGACGGACAGAAGAGGCGGAUUCUCCUGAGAGAAGUCUGGGGAGUCCAGACA